UCAUAAAAUGUUUACGAUCUUGAGCAAGCAUUUGAUUCGUUAAAUAAUAAUAAGCUUUUAAAACGAUUUCUUCUUUAUAAACAAAAAUAAAUCGGUUGACUUGAGAGUAUCGCACGGCAUUCUGGGAAGGUGCGCCAUAUUUGUUGCUUCUGAAAGUAGAACAGAAGAAAGUAUGUCAAUAAAACUUCAAAAUAUCGAAAAAGUACGCGUUUUGGAAGUCUGACAACCCCUUUGCACGAGGAAGUAAGUACUACGAAGAAUGAAUUGUCAUAAAUUGACUUGUAUUUGACGCGGAAUACACCUUAAACUCUUUAUAAGUCUUAUGAAAACAACGACGAUUUCGGACGUCCAUGCAGAACGUUCAGCUGUUUGUGAAACCAGUACAACCUCAACCGAAUUUCAGAUGACGUUCGUGUGUUAAAUACCGUUUUUGAUGAUUUGAGUACUUGAAGAACUUAUAUUAUAUGUGUUUGGUGUUAAUAUAUAGGAAUAAAAUGUGAUUGUCACCGAAGGAAGCUGUGAAUUCAAGGCCAAGCAAGGGCAAGGACAGGCCAUUUCAGAGGGCUGAAAUCAACACGCCGACCAGACACACUGCACCUUGGUGUGGACUGGUACCAAUUAAAACAGAUGACUUGACAAAAUUUAAUUUACAGAGUAAAGUUUUUUUUUUAUUUUUCUUAUAAAUCAAUGGCAAAUGUUAGCAUGACAAAAUGACAUCAUGAAAUAGCAAGAAGAAAGAAGUGAGACAUCAGCCUGUGUCACAACAUUGUUUACAUCCCCAGUUUGGUGUUACUGGAAUGUACAGGGUUUAUAUUCUAUGUACAUGUUCUUUACAUGAAUGGAUAUUCUUAUCAUAGACUGACCCGUAGUCAAUAUUUGACAUCAAUCAAAUUAUGGGUCAUUGGAUGAAUGCUGUACGUGAACUCUGACAGGCCGUAAACUUAAGCACUUUCACUUUUUCAUUUUCUGGACCAAGCCAAAUCAUCAUGCAAUCAUCAUUACAUUAGACAAAUCAAGGGUUGUAAAACAAUCACGUUUAUGUAUAUAUUUAGUGUCAUUUGGUAAAUACUGUCGCUGUUGGAAACGGAAAUGUUGUAGGAUAUUCCAGGUGAGGGAUACAAAAUGUAAAUAAAUUAGAAUUCAUUUAGAGAAAUGUGAAUAUAGUGCAGUUUCAUCAUUGAAGUUGCAAAAGUGCCUUAUUUCUCUGAAAGAGACAUUUAUCAACAAACUUUGCAAUAAAUACCAAAACAGUGAUCCUAGAGACUAGGACUUGAUACAAGUCAUCUAGCUCUCACUGCCAAGAGGACCCUUCAGCUUUUUCCGAAAGUACAGAACCUACAAACUUAUUUCAUUGCACAUUAAAGGAAACCAACCACAGACUGGAAUAGCUGGAAACUACUGCCGUUUUGGUAUCAUCAUGGUGAGAGACCUGUGAUGGCCACACACAACGCUCCAAAGCACGACUUUGCACCAGCCUGGCUUAAGAUUCCUGCACAGGAUAAUCCUAAGCCAUCUGGUUCCAAGCAAGCAGAUUCAGGUAGUGAUAAAAGUAGAAGACAUUCUGGAAGCUCAUCAGGAAAAUACAGACAUCAUCCAACAGAAGACGACUACUACCCUUACCCUCCCUAUGGACAUUAUGGCUAUUACAAUGGCUACGGCAUUCAAUAUGGAUCUCAGUCAUCAAUGUUUAGGUCACCUGGCCGUGACCCUAAAUACCAGCAGCACCCAGGAAUUCGUUAUAAUCAGAUGAAUGGUGGCUAUCCUGGUUACUAUGAUCUCUACCCAUUUGACUACUAUGGUGACCCUUAUUACCCAGGAUAUCAAAACUCGAGGGCAAAUUCUAAACGAAGUCACUAUGAGAGAGAAGGACGCUCAAAUUCCAAGGAAGGAAAAGAAAUAGAAAAAAAUAAAGGAAAGGAUACUGAGGAGAAGGAAAAGACGUCAUUUCAGGAUGAUUUUCCAUCAUUAAAUGGAGAAGAGAGCACUGAAAAGGCAGGUAACUCCACCAAAGUCACAAAUGGUGGAAGUGUAUGGGAACACCCUCCUCAUGGUAAAAUGGGAUCAUCGAAGUUUGGAGACCGAGCUACUGCAAAUAUGUACAAAGCACUUGUGCCAAAUAAGGGUAAUAUCAAGAAACCUGCAAAAGAUGGUAUUAGAUUUAAUGGAGGUUUCCCAAAGGACCCUUUCUCUGGCACCAAGUCGCCACUGUCACCAACAAAUUCUGGUGGUCAGAACAAGGAGGGUUCCAGGCAAUCGCCGACACCCCCAAUAGAUAUUCUUAACACAAGGCUCAUCACACAGCCACGUACAUUGGGUGACAAGAAGAGUGACUUUUGGAAGGCCCUCAGAAAAGGAUCCUCUGUUGGCGAUGGACAUGAUCAAAAGGCAUUUGAAGAUGGAAAUGUGGAGAAAAUAAGUAAUGGAGUAGAAACUAUUGAUUUCAAUGAUGCAGAGAAUGGUCUACUUUCCAGCUCUUUGGAGGCAGAACAGAGAUUAUUAAAAUCAAUGGGAUGGAAUGAGGCAGAUGUGGAAGAAUAUGAAAUAACAGAGGAUGAGAAGAAAAAAUUUCAAGAGCGUUUUUCUAAACAGGUUCCUCAACAAAAGGAAGCCAGCCGUAUCUUGCAUAACAAGGCUCUGAGUCCAAAACACAUCAUGUACUAUCGCCCCAAUGAACAGGAUCAACUGAACGAUACACUGUCAUCCUCAGACUCGGAGGAGGAAUCGAGUCACUAACAUUUGCUUCCUUGCAUACGCAGAAAUGAUGGCAUGCCAUGUCAUAACCAUUAUCUUAAGCUUCACAAUCUAGCAAGGAUGUUCUUUAAGUGAUCAUGAGCAACGGUCAUUCAGAGAAUAAUUGUGCAUUAUUUGGUGAUAAAAUACAGGAUUUGUGCAACUAUAGACUGGGCACCUACUGCAUACAAAACGUGCACUGGUUGCAUGGACUUGUAUACAUGUUUUGUUCAUUUUUUGUCAAGAGUUUGUUUAAAGAGAGUUUAUGUGAAACUGUUUCAAGGGAGAUAAUUGUUAAACGAGACUGUCUCGACUAGUCCAUCAUUCUCUCAGAUUUCUAUAAGUGUAUAUUAUUGGUGCAGAAAAUAUAGAGAAGGCUUCUCAUUUUAUACCAAGUAUUUUUAUAAGAAAUCAUUUUGUAGAUAUUUCUAGCAAUGAGUAAAGCUUGUAUCGUGCACUUGGACACAACUGUGACAAUGCAUAGCAAAACAUAAGGAGAGAAAGUUAUAUUUUAAAAGAUACCUAUACAAAUUGCUAGUGUAAUUAAAUGUACUGUGUAAUGGAAAGCAUGAGGUCUGUUUAACAGUAGCUGUGGUGAACAGUUCUCUUUUUUCUGCAUGUAUGGUGAUAUUGCUACUUGUAGUUCUUUCUCUUACUGAUGGAAUGGGGAUGAAUUCAUAACAAAAUCACUAUUGCCAUUUUUUUUAGUUAUAAGCAGUUAAAAAGGAUAUGUUAAUUUGGUAUACAAAUUUGUCAUGACCCUCCCAAUUUCAUCUCACAAAAGUUUUAUAGUGUGUUUAUAAAAAUUUAUAACCUAUGCAAAUUUUUGAUUCAUUUAAUUCCGCGUAAAGAGCCUUUCUGAAAGACUUGUCUUAUCACCUCCCAGCUACAAACUAAAUUGGAUAUUUCCCAUAUACGUAAACAGAUCCCGACUUGAUUUGCCCAACGAAAGGCACAAAUGUGGGUGGUUUUAUGAAUUGAUUAUUAUCAAAUGUUUCUAUAAUUAGCUGUCCACUUAGGUCCUGUGUCUUCUAUUUAAUAAUUUUCUUAAUUGUAAUUUGAGAAUUAAAAGUGAAAUUUUUCUUGAUAAGAUGUUUUCAACUAUUAUGUUGUUACCCUCCAAUUGAAAUCAAUUCUUUUUCAAUGGUAUUAAAUAAACCGUUAUUGUAUAAAAUUUUAUUUUAUCGAUUUUUGCUACGAUCCUUAGAUGAAUCAGGAGCAGUGAAUUGUUUGACAACUAAAUAAGGAAGAAAAAUAGUAGUGUGCCAACGUCAGACUGGUUAUUUUUAGUACUAAAUGCCCAUUUAAUAAUAUGACAGAGUCUGCAAAGUUUUAUAGUAAAUGUUGAGUUGAUUAUAACUGAAGACCACAUGCAAGUGAUGUUUAUUAUCCAUAUCAUUUAAUUAUUGUUCUUUGAAGGAAAAUAUGUUUUAGAUAUUUUUCCCAAAACCUGAUUUUGCUCAGUAUUGUAAACUUUUGAAGAAGAACCAUUUCUUCAUUCAUAUUCUACUCGCUAGGUGACACUCGGGAGAACAGAGCAGUAUAUAACUGGUUAUAUUUCAUAAUUCAAGUCAGAUGAUUUUGUUUUUCAAGAAAUUGUUCUGUUUUCCUUGUUGGAGUGUUUUAAUAGCAAUUAUUGUUUGGAGCAUUAUCAUUUUUAUACAGCUUUUUCACAAUUUUAUUGCAAGUUACUCACUUUCUUUUUGCUAAUGAAAAAUUCAUAUGGAAACCUUAAAAUUAUGCUUUGUGUAACUGGUAGCUGUUUAUUUGUUUUGCUGUUAACAUAGCAUAUUGAUCUUUGCACAAAAAGUACAGUGUAAUUUUAGAGGAAUUUAAACUUAAUUUUUCUAUGUCAUGAAGGCUAAAUUGUAGGUAGUUUACAACUUUGAAGUGUCAAAAUAAUUCUUAACAUAUCGUGAUGAAAAUGCAAGAAGGAAAAAAGAAGAAAGAAAUGUUUCCACUCUGAGUAAUAAAUUUUCUUAUUCAUACAAAUUUCCAUGGGUGAUUUAUAAGUUAGUGAAUAUUUUUCAUUUUGUAUAGGCUGCUUUAGACCAGGGCUCUGAUGUAAAAAAAAAACUUGUAAAUACCAAUUAGCUACAUGUACAUCUGAAUGCAUUAGCAAUAAGUAAGUUAUUUGUUUGAGUUGUCAAUACUUUUACCACAAUGCUUGUGUUGGUUCAGUGCUCUUCCCAUAUGCUUACAUAUUACGCUUUCCAGCACCAUCAUUACUGACAAUGGAUCACAAUAUGAUGACAGAUUGUUUUCCUUUUCCUAAAUUUACCAUAUUCCCUGGACUAGUCGGCUGUGGCUCUUAUGUUAAUAGUCUUUUCUGUCUCAAUUUUUUUUAUCCCUCUCUAGAUUUACUAACAUGUAUUGAUGAUGGUACAUAUACCUGAUAUCAGCCCCAUCCUGUCUUUGAGGAGGCAAGAGUGCAAGUUAUGUUUCCCUUGAGGAGACAAAAGUGUGAUCAGGUGUCUCCCAAAGAAAAACCCAACAUAAGUGUAAUGAUUUUGGUAUGAUAUGCUGGUAUGUAAAAGAUUUUGUUAUUCAGACAUUCAAAAGUUUAUAUGUAUUUGAAGGAACCAUGUUAAAUUUUUUCAAUGUGUAAGGUUCUGUAUAGGUAAUAAAAGCUUUGUGUUGACUCUUAAGUGGACUGCUACUGGCUAGUUUUUGAACGUGUGAUAUUGUGUUACAAUCUAGGUUUGGUGCAUGUAGUGCUAUUGGAUAGUUUCAUAUCUAUUUUUGUACUGUUACACCACCUGCACUUACACCUGGUAACCUGGUAACUUCAUUGUUGUCAAUUUAUUUUCUGGGUUUUUUUGGUUUUUUUUUCUCUCGCUUAAAUGUCAAUUUCAGGUACAUGUAUAUGUAUUUAAAGGUACAACAAAUAAGUUGGAUAUCAUCAUUAUGCAAGCUUCAGUAUCUUUUUAACAAUUCCAUUUAAAGUACAUUACACGAAUAAUCUGCAUCGAAAUGAUUUGAUUUUAAUAUCAGUCUUCACUGAUUCGUAAUGUUCUACUGAAUACAUCUUAAUUCUAAAAGAAACAGAACAUGGAAAAUGCUCUAGAAUUGAUUCUGUUUGCCUGCACAUUCAUCUGAUAGAAGUCAGCUUAUUUGAACAGAUGUUGGUCUUACUUUUGUAUGAUCUUUGCUUCUUUUUUUUUCUGAAGAUAGAUAUAUUCCUUACAUCUUUCUACAUGGUAUGUACACCAUGUUCAUGAUGCCCGAAAUUAUGUUUCAUAAUUUAUGGAAUAGAUUUCAUGUACAAGUGAUGAACCAGCAAAAUAAAGUUUUACAGUAGAAUGAUACCAAGAAAUUUAAAGAUUUGAGGAUAUUGAAAUAUUGACCAACAUGGAAAGAAAUUGAGAGGAUUGACUGUGGUGUGAUCUGAUAACCUUGACCUUUUUUUGUGAUAUUGUGACUUCUGUGGCCGAGAGUUACAAGAAAUUACUGUCAAUCCUCAAUUUUUUGCUCCCCUCUCUAACAAUAUCUGAAUUUGAUAGUUUAAAUUUUAGCCAGCCUGCUAUCAUGAAUGUACAUGUAGUCGAUUGUAUAAGAAAAGGAAAUAAUGAUAAUGUAAGUAUUUUCCUUCACUUGUAUUGAAUGAAAAAUGGCAUACAUGAAGGUAAUAUUUUCCACGGUACUUAAUCUACUUGGUUGCUAAUUCAACUUUAAUCUGUAAACAUUCAUGUCAUAGAUGGUAUCAUUGAAUUCAAAGGCAAUCGUGAUAGGGGAUCUUCCCCGUAAAGGUCUUGAUUGUAACAGUUGAAAAUCAUUUCUUUCUUCCUGUCAACAUUGGGACAUAAAAUAUUUAGGGACAUUCCAUACAUAUACUGGUGCUAGGUGUUUUUUCACUUACAAAAUCAUAAUUUUGAAAUGGUAAUUCUUGCAAUUUCUUUUUUAAUCAUCAACUCUAAUGUGAAGUACAUGUACUUUGAUUUAGAUUAAAGUGUUGACUUAUGCCUAACACUCAGAGACUGUUUGUGCCAGACUGUCUUCAGGAAGAGUGAAAAAUUUUAAACACUUUAAAAAUAAUCAGAUCAAGUGAUAACCAGAGGUGAAAUCUAUUUCUGGUCUAGAUGUCUGUGUUGCAGUUGUUCACGACUUGUUUUGCAACUUUGUAUUGUUUCAUGGAAGGUUUUGUUUCAUGGAAGGUUUGAUUGAAUGAACUAUUACCAGUACUUAAAGGGGUGUUUCCAGGAUGACAAUGUUAGUGUAGGUGCUUCUAUGGUAAAUCUAUUUCUAUUUCAUUAUAUCUAAGCUCUUCAAUCUUUCAUUGACUGAUCUGCUCAUGUGAUUCAUGAUCAGUGUUUCCAUUGGCUCUUUGGUGACUUAAGCUCGUUACACACAAUUUCUUUUUCAUCACAGAAUGACUAUUACAAACUUAAUGAAAGGAAUUGAUUAACUAGCUUUGGAUUAUUUUGUAAUGUAGAUUUAAAUGGCAGCUUCUUAUCAGAGAAUAUAUCAUACCAAAUACCUCUGGAUGGAGGCACUGAACACAAGUCCUAUGAUCAUGUUGAAGAUUGCAGUAACAUCCCCGUUUUCUUCGCCAUACAUUGCCUAACACUUUUCCAUACAUUACCCAUGAUACUGGGCACAGGAUUGAUGUCGCUAAUUUUCUUUAUUUUAUCCUUUUUUUUCAAAGAGUAAAAGUUUAUAUUACAGUUGUAAAUAUGGCAUCUAAUAACACCAUUGUAGAAUUAUUUUUUGUGCAAAAAUCAGUUCCACUUGAAGGAUACAAGGGAUUAUGUAUAUUUAUAUAAUGUUAAAUUUGUGCAGUUUGAAUCAUUACAUUGAAUGCUUGUCUGAUUUAAUAUUAGCGGGCACCUGUUACAUCCCAACUGUUUGUGUGGUUACUGGCCAGCAGAUAACAAUCACAUUAUUAUCAUGUUAUUCAUCUGUCAUUUUCGUUUUGAAAAAAAAUUACACCAGCGCUGAAAUGAGCAGCACACCAGAGAUGGUAUAUUGUUCUGUCAUUUUGCAGAUUUAUUAAUAAAAGUUGCAAUGAUCUGUA